GCUGUUUGAGAGCGAAAAAGUGCCGUGUGAAAUGUGUUUUAUUCGCCGUUCAAGAAAUUAUUACUUUCCAUUAUUAUCGCCCUUGUCGUUCCGAAUCAACGGAGAGGAACAUCUUUGAUCGGCUAAGCAAAUAUUUUGCGCUCGACAAGUUUUGGGCGUAACGAUGAUUCAACCGAAGAUCUGGUGGAAGCUUAUUUACUCAGAAGACAAGAAAGGUAUUCUCGCUGGCUUGGCCGCACACUCGGGACAGAUAUCAGUGGGAUUGUCUCAAGGUUUCAGUGCAAUUCUAAUACCGAAGUUAUUGGAAUCAAAGUUUGCUGAUCAAUCAGAAACAUCUUGGAUCGCGUCGCUUGGUGCUGUCUCGAAUCCAGUUGGUGCAUUAGUCGCGGGUUUCUGUUCCGAAUGUUUUGGAAGAAGAUCGGCUAUAGCAUUGGCAACUUUACCGCAUGCAACAGGAUGGCUUUUAAUAGCGUUCGCCAAAAAUGUCCCGAUGUUGUACGUUGGAAGAUUCAUCAGUGGAAUCGGUACGGGCAUGGCAAAUGCACUGUAUUUAUAUGUCAGCGAGACAGCAGCUCAACAUCAGAGAGCAUGGUUAGCGAAUUGUGGACCUAUCUUGACCUCGUUGGGAGUGUUAAUGGUGUACACGUUAGGUUCCUUGACAACGUGGCAAAAGUCUGCUGCAAUCAGUAUAGGUCCAGCAAUAUUAUCUCUGGCAUUGACGAGGAUGUUACGUGAGACACCAGCCUGGCUAACAGCCAGAGGACGAAUGGAAGAAGCAAAGGAAUCUUUGUUGUGGCUUCGUGGUCCAGGUUUAAGCACAGACAACGAAUUUCAAGAACUCUGCAAUGCCAAUGCAAAAAGGAUGGAAGAAAGAGAGAGCCUUUUUAAAGCUUUCUACAUGCCGAAUGUUUGGAAACCAUUCAUUAUACUUCUCUUAUUCUUUGCUCUACAACAACUCUCGGGAAUUUAUAUAAUGUUGUUUUACGCUGUAAAUGUUCUCGAGGAUAUUGGUGUUAGCGUAAAUGAAUACGCCGCGAGCGUUGGCAUUGGUGUUAUCAGACUAUUUGCAUCUAUAAUCGGUGCAAUUUUAGCAAAUAAUAUUGGUAGAAAAGCAUUAGCUUUUACCAGUGGUUUUGGCAUGGCCAUAUCAGCUAUGAGCAUUGCCUUGGCCUUUAGGUUCCAAUUGCCAUCUUGGGUAUCUUUGAUCUGUAUGGGAUGUCAUGUUGCGUUAUCUAUGAUCGGCUUUCUGACAUUACCUUGGGUUAUGACCUCGGAAUUAUACCCCCUUAGGUUUAGAGGACUCUUAGGUGGUAUUACUACCAGUAUAGCACAGAUCUUAACCUUCGUUGCUAUUAAGUUAUAUCCCGAGGUAAGUUUAAACGCCGGCAUAGAGAACACAAUGUGGAUUUUCACUACGGCAGGUUUAUUGGGAGCACUCUUUUCCGUUACCCUAUUACCGGAGACCCGAGGUCAAAGCUUGGACGACAUUGAGAACAAGUUUACGAAUAAUACGAAGGCCAUUCCGAAGAUCAAUUCAAAUAUCAAUGGUUCGAGAGGACUUUCGAGUAUUUUCGUUCAUACGCAACCUAAGAAUAUUAUACUUCAAAGAUUUACAUCUAUAUCAGAGGAAAAGGAUUCUAAUCAUACCGGUAAUCGUUACACUUAUGAUAACUUUUGUUUCGACAUGGAUUAUGAUAACGUUGCCAGAGAAUCUAAAGACGACGAAAGUCAGAAAAAGGAUCAUCAUGUGACGACUAACGCCAUUGCAUUGGAUCACGUUUAUAUUUGAAUAAUCAUCAAUUAAAAAAAAAACCAAAUAUAAUUACGGAUACAAGCUUGGAAUGAAAGAAGCUCAUUAAUGUAAAGAUUACUACUGCCAAGAAUAGAAAUUUUCUAAAAUAUUUUGUAUAUAAGAGAUAUAUGUGUAUCUAUGUAAGUACAAUGAACACAUACACGCGCGAAUACGCGCACACAUUGCUGUAAAUAUUUUUA